GUUUUCGAUUGUUUUCUUUUUGCCGGGGAGACAACAAUUUUUGUUUAUCUAAUGACAAGCCGAAAUACUGCGUUAAUUGUUUUCUUUGUAUUCUAUUUUGGCGUACUAAAUUUAACUAACGUUCGGUCUGAACAGUCCCCUGAUUCAGCCAAAAUGAUGACCUCUCUGGUUAAGCCGGGUAUUUUCCGGCAUGUGAUGUGCCGCAAUGAAUUGUAUCCCCGCAGCAAUAUUGCGCGGUAUCCUGUGCCAGAUGAGUUCGUUUUUUGGUCCGUUCCUUUUGCAGACUACUCACCACCUUCGUACACAGCUCCACACAUAGGUGGACAAAUAUGGGCUGAUCCCCCUUUACCCAGUGAGAGCUUUAAUCCAAAAUGGAACCACAAUAACGGUCAGGUCAAUCGACAAUCCUUUCAUGGUAACUACGAGAUAGUAGGCGGAUGUUUUCCUCUUAACCCUAUGGGGCGUACAGGCAUUCGUGGUCGCGGCUUGUUAGGCAGAUGGGGCCCCAACCAUGCUGCCGAUCCUAUUGUGACUCGGUGGAAGCGAGAUGAGAAGGAUCAAAAAAUCCAACAUCCCAAAACUGGCAAGAAUAUUCUUCAAAUGGUGGCUAUUCAACGAUCGGAUAAUAAAUUAUGGGCCAUACCUGGCGGCAUGGUCGAUCCUGGGGAAAAUGUUAGCGUUACGUUGAAACGUGAAUUCACAGAAGAGGCUCUUAAUUUCACUGACAAGUCAAAUAUGGUAGAAAAAUUCUUCCAGAAUGGCGUUCAUGUCUAUAGUGGCUACGUAGAUGAUUUCCGUAAUACGGACAAUGCCUGGAUGGAGACAUCUGCAUUAAAUUUUCACGACGAAGACGGCACGGAAGUGGGUCGUUUGGAGUUAAUGGCCGGCGACGACGCCACCAAUGUCCGUUGGACUGACUUGGAUGGCCAACAACUGAAGUUGCAUGCCAAUCAUGCUGAUAUUGUUAGAGAUGUCGUCAUCAAAAGAAACGCACAUUGGUAGGACUAUUUUGAAUGUACGCAUCAGUUGGCAAUGUUAACGAAUAAUACAAAGGCAAUAUAUAUUUUCCAUUUCGUA